AUGACUGAAGAUAUACGAUUGAAUUCCUCCAACUGGGAUAACUUCUAUAAGGUUGAAAUCACCAAUUUCAAGGCAAACCCUGAAGAUACUGGCGAGUGUUGGUUUGAUGAUUCGGAUGCAGAGCUGAAGAUGAUUGAGUUUUUGAUUGCCAAAAUUAAUAAUUACGAGCUUCCAUUUACGACAACAGCUGAAAAGCCAAUUACCAUCGUAGAUCUUGGAACAGGGAAUGGCCAUUUGCUUUUCCAACUCCGGGAAGAUAUAGAAGAAGAAAUAGAAGUUCCAGAAAUCCAAUUCAAUUUUCAUGGAAUUGAUUAUUCGGAAGAUUCUGUUGCGUUUGCGCAAAGUAUUAAAGAUAACAAAUACGAGGACAACAACCAAUUUCAAUUUGAUCAAGUAAACUUGUUAGAGAAAGAUUCAAAGUUCAUAUUGGAACAUGAAUAUGACGUUUUAUUAGACAAGGGUACAUUAGAUGCUAUUGCAUUAAACCAAGAAGGUAUGGCCGAGUUUGACAACGAGAUAGGAAUGAAUGUCUAUGCCAAACAAGUUGAGCAAAUGAUGCACACCAACUCCAUUUUCUUGAUUACUUCAUGCAACUUUACUGAGGAAGAGUUGAUCAAGAUCGUAGUUGGAAAUACGAAGGGAAGCCUUGAAGUGUGGGAUAAGAUCAACUAUCCUAGUUUUCGAUUUGGAGGCGUUCAAGGUUCAACUAUUUGUUCGAUUGCAUUCAUAAAGAAGUAG